AUGGCGGCCGACUCGGAAUUGGCUUGUUUUCCCAAGGACGGCGCCACUUCGCCGUUGUACCUCGCCGUCUUGCAUGAUCGGCCCGACAUUGCACAAACACUGUAUGAGAAGAGCGGUGGGCAUCUCUCGUAUUCUGGACCCGAUGGGCAAAAUGCAUUGCAUGCUGCUGCUCUUCGUAGCCAAGCCAUGACAGAAAUGCUACUGGAAUGGAACAUUGGCCUUACAGCGCAAAAGGACCGAAAUGGGAGCACGCUCCUUCACUUUGCAACAUCAAUUCUACACGCAAGAGGUGUACACUUCUGGAUCUUCCGUCAUUGGUAUACAUGGUUUCAUGGUUUUUGGCAUUCAAGCAUGCCAUUCUAUCCUGUGCUGCAAGUUAUCUUCCAUCCUUGGUUCCCAUGGAAUCAUAGUACUUGGCAUUCAGGCAUGCCGUUUGAUCCAGUGCUGCAAGCUAACCCAACUCCGAUAUAUCAGUCAGAUGGUCAGGGACUAUUCCCUAUACACAUUGCUGCUUCCAUAGGUGUGAACAAGGCCAUUGCCAAAUUUUUAGACAAGUGCCCCAACAUUGCUGGUGUGCGCAAUAUGAAGGGAAGAACUUUCCUUCAUGUCGCUGUCGAAAAGAAGAAAUGGAACACAGUCGCACUUGGUUGCAAACUCCAUCGUUAUCAUGGAUUUUGA